UCUCUACCUUAACUCUCUCUCUCUCUCUUCCUCUGCAACCCCAAGCUCUCUCUACCCAAUCCCCUUCUCUCUCUCUGUAUGCCCUUUAUAUCCCCCUCUGUUCCGGUUGUUGUCUCUCUCUGCAACCAACUUCUCUCUCUUGUUGUUGCUCUCUUUUUUCAAGCCCUGGCCUUCAUUUGGCGCCAUCAGCUCUCAUAUCAUUCUGUUUCUCUCUUCAAGUCCUUAUCGAUAUUUCAGGUUAAUAUUCAUUUUAAAAGACCUGGCACUUGGGACGUCUAAUUUCUUUCUGGUCUUAGCUUACUGUUCCUGCAUCAUCUCGUCCUGUUCAUUACUGAUAAUCUCAAGAUGUCUAAACUCUAGAUUUUUGGUAAGUGAUACAUUGCUCUUUUGACUUUCUAUUUUUAAUUUUUGGAUUGGUAACAAUUUUGCGAUUGAUUAGCCAUGUGAUGCCAUCUUGCUUGAAUUAUACCUAAAGGAGUCAGUUCAUUAGAAACCCAAGUUUCAUAUUGAUAUAAUCUCUAAAUCAAGUGGUGUUGCUGUAAGGGGCUAGGAGUUGCUUUGCUGGUAAUUGUUUCGGACCUAGCCAUUGAAAUUUUGUGUUUUUUUUAUUUCUGAUUAGUUCCGUUGACAUGAAUCAUGAUAUUGCCUCCAUAUGCUAAUUCUUUAUGCAUGUCAUCUGUUUUGCUCCAUUGAUGCUAGUCUAUUUUCCAGGUUAGCAAUUUUCCAGGUUAGCGUACAGGGACAUUUCCACUUAGCAGAUUUCCCUGGUUUGCACGGACAGGUUACUGGGUUUCCAGCUUCCAGCCACCAGUUAUAUGCAUUCACCUUUUUCUUAGGCUCGCAGUUUCUCAGAGAUUCUCUAGGAAAAUAACUGUCUCAGUUACCAAACACGGCCUUAGGGGUUGUGAGACUUCAAAAGCAAUAUCACGGUUCACUCUCUUUUGAAUUGGUUGUAUCCAUCUCUCACCUGCCCUAGUUUUCUAAGAUUGAGUAUGAAAUGGAUUUGAUCACCAUGGAAUUACCUGUCAGUUUGUCGAGAAAACACAUGUAACUUAACGUUGUUGAGGAUAGAAGAACUAGAAAGAAGAGCUUCAACUUGUUGGAAAUGGAUCCCUCCAUUAUGAAGCUUUUGGAGGAUGAUGAGGAUGAGCACUUGCAUUCUGGAGCAGAUGUGGAGGCUUUAACAGCUGCCUUGAAUAGAGACAUUGGGGGUCCUCAGCCUGGUUCUCAGACUUCUGUUUCUAGAGGAUCAUUAUCCCACGGAAACUCUCAAUCUUCAUUUCCACUAUCUGGAGAAUGGCCACAACUUGCCCAAGAAGAGCCUCAGGUUCAACAACACCAACAACCCCAUGAACAACAAAACAGUCAGCUACUACAACAGCAACAAUCAUCUGAUAUGGAGUGUGUGAUGGAGCAUCAACCACUUCAAUCCCAUCCUCCCGGUGAGCAUGAACAGAUGUUAGUGGACCAUAAACCACCCCAACCACUCCAGUUGAACCAAAACAUGGAGAAAAAACCAAACCCUUCUGAAGAAAUUAGCUAUGAUCAUAAUUCCAAUGCACAAGUGGUUCGAAACCCAGAACUGGAUACGUAUGGACCUCCUGAAAACCAGCAACAACACCCACAUUUAGUAAAUGUUAACGUUCAACAAGAACAGGCUGGCACAGGUCAAGUGAAUGCUUCUAUGAGGCAGUUUAAAUCACCUUCUUCUAUACCAUUUGGUCUAUUGAUGCCUAUAUUGUGUUCUCAGCUUGAUAAAGAUAGGGCUAUGCAGCUCAUGACAGCCUUUAAUAGGUUAAAGAAAGCUGAGAUUAACAAAGGAGAUUUUAUGAGACUUAUAAAGGGAAUUGUGGGGGAGCAGACUCUUAAACAGGCAGCCCAACAAUUGCAGCAGAAGCAUACACAAGCUAUAAGGAACUCAGCAAAUCAACAACAAUUUCACUUGCAACAGUCACAAACCCCUUCACAACAGUCUGUUCCUCUUUCCCAGGGCAACACUCAACUCUUGGCUGAACCCCAAUCCAUACCGAAGUUAACAUCAAACCAACAUCAGAAGAGCUAUACACCUUCCGAACCCCAAUCUCACAUUCCAAAUCCAACUUUGCAAAUGCAAACUGAUUCAAUGCUCACCAAUCCAGAGCUCAGUGCUCAGAAAUCUAGACAAACAGGAGAACGACAGCAUGAUGCACAAGGAACACAAUCAAAUCAAGUUUCUUCAGUGAAUAUGGAUCGUCCCGAUCAAGAAAAAGAUCUUUCUGUUGUUUCAAUUCAGCAACAACAACAUAUGCAUAUUCCUCACUCUCCAUUUUCAAUGUAUGGGCACACAAUGGGUAAUUAUCAUUCCCAACCAUUUCCUAUGCCAUCUGCUAAUGUUCAAGCCUCUUCUGGUAAGACCCAACCUCAGGAUUCACAGAUUGGGCAAGUUGCUCAUGCCCAAGGUAUGAGUUCAUCUCAGCCGGUGAGCCUGAAAAAUAUGCCUAGGUAUGAGUUACAUGGUGCUAGAAAUGAAACUAAUAGACUGCAAAGUGGGUCAGUUCCUCAAAUUGCAAGCCAGUCAGCACCACAACAGAAUCAGAGUCCAUGGCAAUCUUCACUAGAGAAAGAGCAAAUGAGUAGUGGAAUGUCAUCAAUUGCUUACGUGAAGCCGGAACCUAAUGAACAGGCUUCUGAGCAUGAACAGAAGCCUCAAUUGCCAAUAACCCAGAACCCAUCUUCAUUUGGUGCAGUCCAUCAUGAGCAAGGGAGGUCAUUUCAUGGUCCUUCAAAGGAUGAGCCACAUGAGAAGCAGUCAGCUAGGAUGAAUUUUGCUUCUUCCUCCAAUAUCUCAUCAUCAAGUCAGCUUCAAACUUCUUCAGCAACACACCCUGACCAUAAGAUGCAGGUUACACAAACCCCUCCAGUUUCUUCUGCCACGAUUCGUAUGCCCUCUACAAUCACACCAGCUGCGGCUGUCACUAAUACAAAGAAUACUCCAAAGAAACCUUCGGUUGGUCAGAAAAAGCCAUUUGAGGCUCUUGGAAAUCCAACACAACAAUCAAGUAAAAAGCAGAAGGUAGCUGGUGAAUUUGCGGAUCAGAGCAUUGAGCAACUCAAUGAUGUAACUGCUGUUAGUGGAGUAAACCUUAGGGAAGAGGAGGAACAGCUAUUUUCCACCCCUAAGGAGGAAAGUAGAGCUUCAGAAGCAACAAGAAGAGUAGUACAAGAGGAAGAAGAAAGAAUGAUUUUGCAAAAGGGCCCACUUCAGAAGAAAAUAGUGGAAAUCAUGGCCAAGUGUAAACUGAAGAGUACAGGCAAUGAUGUCGAACGUUGCUUGUCAAUGUGUGUUGAGGAACGAAUGCGUGGAUUGAUAAGCAAUCUGAUAAGAAUUUCGAAACAGAGGGUAGACAUUGAGAAGCCAAGGCACAGAAGUUUCACUACUUCAGACGUUCGGCGUCAAAUUCUAUCUAUGAAUCGGAGGGCUAAGGAAGAUUGGGAGAAGAAGCAAGCUGAAGAAGCAGAAAAACUACGGAAACUUAAUGAAACAGAGGGAAGUGUUGGAGUGGAUGGAGAGAAGGAUGAAGCUCGUGCAAAGGCAUCAAAGGCAAACAAGGAAGAAGAUGACAAGAUGAGGACUAAUGCUGCAAAUGUUGCUGCUCGAGCUGCUGUUGGGGGAGAUGACAUGUUAUCAAAGUGGCAACUCAUGGCUGAGCAAGCUCGUCAGAAACGUGAAGGUGGGCUUGAUGGGUCUGCCAGUGGAUCAUCAAACAAAGACACACCCCGCAAGCCUUUCACAGCUAUCAAGAGGACUGUAAGUGGUGGUGGUGACAGGCAGGAAGCUGAACACAAAGGCCCAUCGUCUUCUAUGCCUGUGGCUAGGAGGCCAUUCGGGAGGGCACCGGCUCCAAUUCAUCCUCUGAAGAUCAUGCGUAGAAUCUCUGUGAAGGAUGUGAUUGCAUUACUUGAGAGAGAGCCUCAAAUGUCAAAAUCCACCUUGAUGUACCGCUUAUAUGAGAGGAUGAGCAUGGAUGGUAGUAACACACCAGAGAAAGCAGGUGACUGAGUCUGUUCGUUAUUUAUAGAUACCCAACCUUACUGAAGAAAAGGAUGGAGGUGUUGCAUGUGCAAUUGCAAUGCUUCUCCCGUAUUUUUACGUAUCAAGUAUAGCUCAAAAAUUGAUUUGCAAGAAGCUCACCUCUUGAGUGAUGCGCAAGAUUUUUGCCAAGCGCAAAUAUUAUUGUUGUAUAUUUAUAAUGUAUCUCCAGUUUUUCAGUUCCGGAGAACAGUUUUCUUAUCCAUAGCAAGUGAAAUUUCUGAUUAUAUUA